AUGGCCAUGAGCCCCUCUUCAGCAGAUGGGCAUCACUCUCAGUUCAUCCACCGCCAGUCAUUCUCGCCUCAGGAUGGGCCAUCCUACGCCAACAGCCGAGAACAGCCCCAGCCAGUCAUUUCCUCCUUAGCCCCCCAUCCAGCCGGCGGGAUCUCGUGUGAUUUUAACCAAGCUCGUUCAGAUCCCCGACCACUUGACUUGCCACAGUCACAUACAGCAAACCAUAAUCAUCGCCCGGCCAUCAACAACAGCCACCCGACCAGAGCCACAGGCCCAUCCGAUAAUCCGCAUCUCUCUCACCCCACCAAGAAGCCCAGUGCUCAGAGCAAGAGCACCACCGGCUCCAACAAAAAAAGCCUCCCGGGCACCCGGGCCGAUCAGCCGACUCGGCCCACUCAAUCGGCCGCCGAGCUCUCCUCAAGCAAACAUCCCCACCCUUCUUCCCCCGCGGCCAAUCCGCCAGUCAAGAAGAACGGGAAGCCCCUCGCCAAAUGUCCGUUCUGUGGAAUGACCUUCAAGAAGCUCGAACACUGCCAACGCCACGAACGAACUCCCCAGCUUCCAAUGAGACUUCUUGGGUUCCGAUCCCAUGAAGUCACUAGCCCACGUCGGCCAUCCAUGCCAUCUUCCCCGGGUGGUCAUGACGCCAAUCGGCAUCGCCCCACAGCCAGUGCUCAUAGCCCAACGGUCGAUCGAUCGGUCGAUACGUCAAUCACCAUCCGAUGGCAAAACGUCCAUCAACAAAUCCUCGCCGGGACAGCCGUCACAAGCACCAGCAUCACCCUCGAAACAGCCCCCACACAUUCUACCCAGCUCACCAAUCCGGUCCAAUUUCGAUGUGUUGUCUGUCUCCGGAGUUCCACAGCCUCCUUUUGUUUCCCCAACCAAUGGCGGGACCCCUCUAUGAUCAACAAUGCCCCCCGUCAGUCUAUCAGUCUUCCGCUUCAGAGGCAUGACGAGCAGUUCAACCACCCGCAUCAUCACCCGGUGUACCCUAUUCGGUACAAUCAAGCUCCUCAAACAUCGUCCCAGCUCAGCUUGGAGAUAUCCUCACAACCCUCCGAGUCCUCAGCAAGCUACGUAUAUGGCGAAGCUAUGGAAGCUCGCCGGGGCUCUUGGUGCCCCGGAGGACAAAUCUGGAGCGACAUGACGCUUCUUGCGCCUGACGACCCGGGACCUCCCCUACCAUCUACUCGAGGCUACCGCCACCAGCCUGAACAUCUCAGCUUGGGGGUCGCCAACUGGUCGAAAAAUCUGACCAAUACGUUCGGAUUAGUUGAAGCUGGGAUUGGACCCGUUCCAUUGUCAGCUCCUGCAACCUGUACCAACUGGGGCACAUCUCUGAUCGGAUCAGGUGCGCCCGAAAGUAGCAAUCAGACCACCGGGUCUGUUGUAGGGCCCAGAUGGGAAACACUUCCUCAAUAUGAAACUCAGUCACAUAUUCACCCAAGCUGGUCAGGCUUGGGUCGCUUAGACGAGGAAGAACAGAUCAAGCUGGAACCUGAACCGGGUACAAAUAGUACGGGUACAUCCCAACUCCUUCUCUCAUCACCCUCUCAGCCGGGCUCCUUCGAUCAACCGAACCCGAUUGAGGGCAAUUGCCCGACUGGAUCAUCGUCAACAGAGAUGCCACAUGAGCCUUCAUUUGAAACCAAUCAAUCCGUUCACUGGUCGUUCCCUCCUGGGGGGAAUCUUUCUGACCCAUAUCUCACUCAGUUGACUCAUCCAGCAAGCUUCUCCUCAUCCUCCGACCCCCUCGAUUGUUUCGGAAACGUCUGGCAAACCGAGUCCAAGAACCUCGGCGUCGACGACUUCCAUCCAGCCUACUGGAAUCCGCGGAGUAUUUGUGUCGAUGGUCCAGACGGAGAUCGGAAACCGAUCGCCGGUAGCCAUGCGGUUCUCAAUCCAAACGGACUGCCUACUAAAAACCCUUGGGAAGAAAUUGUCGAGUUGGACUUUUGA